GACGUCCAUCUAGCUAUUUAUCCUGGGGUACGGAAGUCAAUCAUGAUGUCAGUGCUUUGUAGUGUGAGUGUGGCUUAGGCAGUGCAGAAUCCUUCUAUCCCAAGCUGUUUUCAGCUGUGCAAGAAAGGCGAAGCACGCAGUAGGUCUUAAGACGCACUCAAGAACAUUGGGGAUAUCGUCACGCACCAAUGAUACGACGAAUGUGGAAUCAUCUGUGCUGCUGCGCCGAGUGGUGAGAUGUGGAUGAAUCCGAAUGUCCGCUUCGCUUCGUUUCGUUUCGUUUGGGAAGGGAUGGGAAGGGAAGGGAAGGGAUGUCUUGUCUGCCAACGGAGCGGUGAUGUGGAAUCUGCUCGAUGGAAUCUAUGGAAGAAUAGCUGCGCCAAUAUACUACACGUACAUCUGCAUUUUGAUGUAAAAUCACCCAGUCCAGCUCGCAAGCAGGGAGUGAAGUGUGAAGUUUGAAUAAAGAAAAUGGGCCCGGCAGGGUGUAGAUCCAUACACCAUCAUCUUUGAUCACACACCAUGAGACACUAUUAACCAAGAAAAGGGACAAGUGCAGCAGGAUAAGAACCUUGGAAAAGUUGGAUUCAAUUCACCGUAUUCGAUCCUUCUAUGACUUCUUGAGCUUGGGUUUGUGUGUUUUAUCCAUUCUUCGUUUUCCACUCACAUCCGUACAACUACAACAUAUUGCACAACACAAGACAACGACAACAACAACAACAGCAACAACAACGAUAUUCAAGAUCAAUCGCGAAAUCCCUUCAACUAUUCGAUACAAUAUGGGUGUUCUUCCAAUUGAUACUCGUGAAGCUCUUCAUUUGAAUGAGCUCACGUCAAGAGCGACAUGUUAUCGUAGAAAUUAUGGUUAUUACACAUGCAAUUCCGCCUGGCGUCGCUUUGGCAGAUGGAUUCUCGCUGGUGUUUUGAUAUUCGUCGGUAUCAUAUUAUUUUUCGCCAUCAUGUGCAUAUCCAGACGUCGUCGUCGCCGCAACCAAAUCGGCUCCACGAAUCAAUCCAUGGCAUACACCCAACCCGCCGCCACAUACGGCCAAGCACCCGCCAGCUACAAUUAUUCACAACCCCAACAAUCGUAUGCUCCGCCUGCGGGCGCACCACCGACCUAUGGUGGCGGACAUGCGGGUGCGAAUGCGGAUUACUAUGGGACGAGUGGAGUGACGCAGCCGGCGAAUACUUAUGCGAAGUAGAGGGUUUGGUGAAGAGGGAGGUGAAGGAGCUUGAUGCUGGGAGUGCAAUGUGUGGAGAGAUGCAUUGCGUACAUAUUGGUGCUAAAGUACAACUGCGAAAUACACAUGCUGGAUAAUGAUUAAUGGAUAAUAUGUUGGCGUUAUUACUGGUUUUUUUACACAUGGAUGGAUGGGCGGACGGAAGGGAUGUGAAAUUACAAAAUUUUCAAUGACAAUUCAUUUAUUCUACUCACACAUACAUACAUUUGCAAUGCCACACAUCCGUAUCUUUUCA